GGGGCGAUAGCAUUCAGGUCCACGAGGAAAUUUUCUUAUCAGCAGCUCCUCUAACAUAGAAGAGAGAUCAGGCCAGAGAUCGCUGGGAAGUCAGUGAUCAUGCCGACCUCCUCCACCGAACUGCCAACCCUUGACCCUAUCAACUCCACUCAGCAACCCAACUCCAGCAUCUACUUGUUCUCCAAGUUCAUCCACCCUGACAAACAACUCUACACAGAAUUUUACAGCCUGUGGAUUGCCCUGAUGGUAGUCAAUGCCAUCAUCUUCCUGGUGGGUGUUGUACUGAACAGCUUGGCGCUGUAUGUCUUCUGCUUCCGUACAAAGACAAAAACCACCUCUGUUAUUUACACCAUCAACUUGAUUGUUACUGAUCUCUUGGUGGGCUUUUCCUUGCCUGUCCGGAUCAUCAUGUUCUAUAGUGCAGGGGACUGCCUGAAUUGUUCCUUGGUUCAUAUCUUUGGCUACUUUGUCAACAUGUACUGCAGCAUCCUCUUCUUGACAUGCAUCUGUGUUGACCGCUAUCUGGCAAUCGUACAGGUGGAGGCCUCACGUAAAUGGAGGAACCCCACCUGUGCCAAGGGGAUCUGCAUUUUCAUUUGGAUCUUUGCCACUGUGGUGACUUUCUCCAUCCUGACCAUGGCAAUACAGUUUGCUGCAUGCUGCCUCCCCAAGAUUCUGGUCUUGAUGGUCUGUGAGUACUUCUUCCCCCUCAUCAUAAUCAUCUUCUUCACCACCAGGAUUAUGUGUGCUCUGUCGAAGCCCAGCCUCAUGCAUCAGAGUCGGGAGAGGAGAAUGAGGGCUGUGCAACUCCUUAUAACCGUCCUCAUCAUCUUCAUGAUCUGCUUCACUCCUUUUCACGUGCGACAGGUAGCAAUCUCCAUCAACCCAGACAUGCCCCAUGAUGUCAGCCUCCUUGUCUACCAUGUGACAGUGACCCUGAGUAGCCUCAACAGCUGCAUGGACCCCAUCGUCUACUGUUUUGUCACCAAUAACUUCCAGUCAACCAUGAAAAACAUCUUCAGGAAAGCCGAGACAGAGCAAACCAGUGUGGACAUCCUGGGUAUGAACAAAAACUCCAAGGGCUCCAAUGCCAUCAUCGCCUUCUCAAACACAAUAGGAAGCCCUGUGAGCUUGCCGUCACCAAGCAGUGUCCAGAUAUAA